CGGAGCUUCGCACGGCGUGAACCGACUUUUCCGGAAGACGCCUCCGAACCCGUUUCUUCUUCUCUUUUUGCGUUCGAGUUCUCUCGACUGCGCGACCAUCCCGAUCCCGAUUCCGUUCUUCCCUCGUUCCUUGUCGUGAUUCCCGUGAUGGGCAAGGGCCUGCUGCUGCUCCCCUUCCUCUUCUCGCUGCUGGCAGCGGCGGCUGCUGCUGCUGCGGAGGCUAGGGCGAAUAAGUCGUCGUCCCUCGAAGGCCUCUUCUGGGCUACCGGCAAGGACGAGAGCGAACUUCUGGCUAUGGUGGAGUCCAAGGAGGAACCAUCUGCGCGGGAGGACGAGAUCGAUGGGUUCGCCGGAGGCUUCUCCUCCUUGGACGGCAUGUUGCAGUGGGCCAUCGGCCAUUCUGAUCCAGAAAAAUUGAAGGAAAAAGCUAUGGAUGUUCAAAGAUUAUCUGAAGAUGAACUGAAAAGGAGGCGGUUAGAAAUAAAGGAGUUGAUGGAGAAACUUAAAACGCCAUCUGAUGCAGAGUUGAUGAAAAUAGCGAUUGCUGACUUGAACAAUUCUUCUAUUACAUUGGAAGAUCGACAACGUGCAUUGAAUGAGCUCCUGUUUCUCGUUGAGCCAAUUGAUAAUGCAAAUGAUCUUGACAAACUUGGUGGGCUUGUCGUGGUGAUAAGAGAACUUGAUAACACUGAGACAGACAUUCGAACAACCUCUGCAUGGAUUCUGGGGAAAGCCAGUCAAAACAAUGCACUUGUUCAGAAUCAGAUCCUUACUCAUGGAGCACUAACAAAAUUAAUGAAGAUGGUCAACUCCAGCUUCACUGAAGAAGCAGUAAAGGCAUUAUAUGCAAUUUCAGCUUUGAUCCGUAACAAUGAAAUUGGUCAGAGGUUGUUCUAUUCAGAGGAAGGAUAUAUAAUGCUUCAGGACAUAAUGGGCAACUCUAGUAUUGACAUCCGACUUCGCAAAAAAGCUGCUUUUCUGGUAGCAGAUUUAGCCGAUUAUCAAUUGCAAUAUGCAGAUAAUUCAGAACUCCAUUUCUUAGGUGAUCGCUUCUUUUUGAAGGCUGUGGUGGAUUUAAUAUUAACCCCAGACCUUGAUCUACAGGAGAAGGCUUUGUUGGCUGUCAGAAGUUUGCUUCAACUUACCUCCACGGAUGCUUCAGAUCUCAGAGAUUUCUGCAGCUUGGACCGGAUACUAGAAAGCACGAGGAAAGAUCUUGAAAAAUUGAUGCUGGAAGAGGAUCUCAGAGAUUUUGUUAAUGAGAUUGAAAACCUUCGAAGAGAAGUGGCCAUAAUAUUUCACAGCAAGCUCGAGAAAGUAGCAUGGGUUCCGACAUGAUAAGAAUACCAGUGAACAAAGAAAGUUGUAUUGGACCUAACUAGGCUGAAAGCAUGGAUUGCUUCACGAUGCUGCUAAUGCCCAAGGUUUUUGCUGUGGAUGAAGGGAGCCUCCAUAUUGUGCUUGUCGCUAUAACUAUAUCUUUGCUUAGGCCUUUUCUAUUUCCUUUCUUUUUAUUAUUUGGUAUAAUUGGUCGGAUGAAUGAAAAUAGUGGCCGCUGUACAUAUCUUCCAGGUGUACAGACCACUAGAUUUCAUAAAAUUUUCCAUAUUUGGCUUGCGUUUGA